GGUUUCGUAGCGGAGAUAUGUUUCUCAGUUCAGCAUGUGCGUCAGUUGACAUUCGUAAACUGGUCAUCUCUUAUUCCAGGAACAGGGCACACAUACAGAGAUUCGAGCGGGAGCGCAACUUCUCAGACGAAGCUGUCUUGUUUGUAUUUUAUAGAAGAUUAAUAUAUUUACGUAUCGAUUUCUUGUUUUAUGGUAGAACGACUUGCUGAGGACGUUUCGCUACAAGAUGAUUUCAUUAUGAUUUUGCGUGCAUGUGUUGGGGCGAAGUGAUGUUACAAUGCAUUUCUUCAGGCGAAAUUGUCAUGGGGCCCGGAGAGCUGUUGUCAAAGUUCGGCGGGGCGAUUUUUAACGCUUGAAAAAUCUAACUGAGCUCGUAGUAAGCACUAAUUGUUUACCUCUGAUAUUGAAUGUGACAGAGGGUUUAAAAUCAGUUUGGACAUAGACCAACCUGUCACCACGCAAAAAUGACAAACUACAAGAAUAUGGAGACACAUAGCACCCAUGUCCUGCUAUUGACGGUAUCAAUCAUCUGUACCGCAUCAGGGUCCCGGGCACGUUUUGAGGACAGCCCACCUUGGAUCGUGGAGGACCCCUCUGACCUGAUUGUGUCCAAGGGGGAGCCUGCCACCCUUAACUGCAAGGCAGAGGGGAGGCCUAACCCCACUGUGGAGUGGUACAAGGACGGUGAGCGGGUGGAAACAGACCGGGAUGACCCUCGGUCUCACCGCAUGCUCCUUCCCAGCGGCUCCCUCUUCUUCCUGCGUAUUGUCCACGGACGACGCUCUAAACCAGACGAGGGCGUCUACACCUGUGUGGCACGUAACUACCUAGGAGAGGCUGUCAGUCGCAACGCUUCGCUGGAGGUAGCCAUCCUGAGGGAUGACUUCCGCCAGGCCCCCAGUGAUGUGGUGGUGGCAGCCGGUGAGCCAGCGGUCCUGGAGUGUGUUCCCCCCCGCGGUCACCCUGAGCCCACCGUCUCCUGGAAGAGGAACAACGCCCGCGUCAGCAACAAGGAUGACCGCAUCUCUAUGCGUGGGGGGAAGCUGAUGAUCUCCCACACCAGGAAGAGUGAUGCUGGCAUGUAUGUGUGUGUGGGCACCAAUGUGGUGGGAGAGAGGGACAGUGAUCCUGCUGAGUUGGUGGUGUAUGAGCGUCCUGUGCUGAUGCGGAGGCCGGUGAACCAGGUGGUGAUGGAGGAAGAGACCAUUGACUUCCUGUGUGAGGUACAUGGAGACCCCGCUCCCACAGUACGCUGGCGCCGAGAGCAGGCAGAGCUCCCCCGCGGGAGGUUUGAGAUCCGCAGUGACAACAGCCUGCGUCUGACUGGGGUGAGGGAGGAGGACGAGGGAACUUAUACCUGUAUGUCUGAGAACAGCGUGGGCAAGACGGAGGCUUCAGCCAUGCUACAGGUCCAUGUGCCCCCACAGAUCGCCAUUAAACCCCGGGACCAGAUCUCAGCUCAGGGGCGCAGUGUCACCUUCCGCUGUGGCACCAGAGGAAACCCCUCACCUGCCAUCUUCUGGAAGAAAGAAGGAAGCCAGAUUCUGCUGUUUCCUGGCCAGCACUUCUCCCAGUCCGGCCGCUACUCUGUGUCCAUGAGUGGAGAGCUGUCCAUCACCGACGUGCACCCAGAGGAUUCUGGGUAUUAUAUCUGCCAGGCCAUCAGUGUAGCAGGAAGUGUCCUGACCAAAGCCCUGCUGGAGGUGGAAGGGGGUCCUUCACACCAUGUUCCACCAAUAAUCCGCCAAGGCCCAGCCAAUCAGACGUUGGCUCUGGGGUCCGUUGCCCAGUUUCACUGUCAUGUGAUUGGUGGACCCUCACUAAGGAUCGGGUGGGAAAAGGACGGGAAGAGGAUUGUGGAGGACGACCCCCGCAUGAACCUGAUGGAGAACGGGACACUGCAGAUCACUAAUGUUGAGGAUAUGGACUCGGGAAUGUACACUUGUGUGGUGUCCAGCGCCACGGGCGAGUCAAGCUGGAGUGGGACACUCACCAUGAGAGAGGAUGGAGCCCCUGGGUCAUCAGUUCCCCGGGUGUCAGAGUCCAUCCAGCUGCCAGGCCCGCCCCAGAAGCCUGUGGUGACGGAGGUGACCAAGGGCACAGUCACCCUCACCUGGCAGUCCAACCCCCACGAGGGUGGGGCCGCUGUGACCUCCUACAUCAUCGAGGCCUUUAGCCAAUCCGUUGGCAGUGUGUGGCAGACGGUAGCUGACUACGUGAGACAGGAGAAGCACACGGUCAUUGGCCUGUACCCAAACACUGUCUACCUGUUCAUCGUCCGAGCGGUCAACUCCUACGGUCUGAGUGACCCCAGCCCCAUCUCUGAACCCAUCAGGACACAGGAUGGGAGUCCUACAGAGCAGGGGGUGGACCACAGACAGGUGCAGAGAGAACUAGGGGAGGUGUCUGUCUACCUGCAGAAGCCUGUGGUCCUAUCACCCACCAGUGCCCAGGUCUCCUGGACUGUGGCGCAUCAGUCUCAGUAUGUGCAGGGCUACAGGCUGCUGUACCGCUCCACUGGCAGCGUCUGGUUGGUCCAGGACGUGAAGGCGGGGCCUGAGCUUAGCACUGUCCUAUCAGACCUGCGCACGGACACAGAGUAUGAGGUGAAGGUCCUUCCCUACUUCAACGAGCUGCAGGGACUGGACAGCCCCCUGGUGCUGCUACGCACCCCCAAGGAGGUGUUGAGUGCUCCCCCGCAGGCUGUAUCAGUGGUCCAGCUCAGCAACAGCUCCAGCAUCCGUGUCUCCUGGGAGCCUCCCUCCUCUGACGUUCAGAGUGGUACAGUCCUGGAGUACAAGGUCUGGUGCCUGGGAAGAGACUCUGAGAUGAAGACAGAGAGCCAUAUCAACAGAACAGUGGAUGGAGCAGUAUUGUCCAUCCUACUGACUGGGCUGCUACCAGACCUCCAGUACAAUGUGAUGGUGGCUGCAGUCACCAUCUUGGGAGUUGGUGAACACAGCCCACCUAUAGACCUGGUCCUCACCCUGUCACUGGACAUGCCUUUAGACCCUCUGCAGAAAGACAGCAGCCUCAGUCUAUCAGAGCAGAUUACGGGUGUGGUCUGCCAACCAGCGUUCAUCGCUGGGUUGGGUGUGGCUCCGUGGCUGGCGCUCAUGGGCUUCAGUGGUUGGCUGUACUGUCGCCACCGCAGGAAGAAGGAGCUGGGACACUACACCACCUCAUUCGCCUACACACCUGCAGUUGGAUUUGCUCACAGUGAAGGAUCUGGUCUCAGCAACGGAAGUAGACCAGGGAUGCUGGGCUCUAACAUGGGGAACGUUGCCCAGAAUGGAAAAGACUCAGUCAACUGUUGCUCUGGCAAACUGGACUCUACAGACAGAUACUACAACGUUGCCAUCUCCAAUUACCUGAGCCAGUCUGAGAAAUACAGCUCAGUGUCAACUGACAGUCCCAUCUACAGCACCAUCAAUACAGCUGCUGCUGAGGACUUGCAGGGUUUAGCCUACUACAACACAUACUCCAACACCCCCUGCACCCAGGGCCCUGACUCCUAUGCCAGUACCCCCGUCCUCUCCAACUCGGGCCUCUUCAGUCUGGUGCAAGACCUGGACCAGUGGACCAUCCAGUCUGGACAGUCUGUAGAGUACGCCAAGAUAAGCAAUGCCAAGCUGGUGAAGCAGAGGUCAGUGUGUCCUCCAUUUAAGCCUGCACCACUCAACUGGGAGGACGUUCUGUCUCUACCACUGCCUGCUAAUAAAGGACGUGGUUACACCAAGAGAGCUCAGGAUGAGGGGAGGAACAGUAGCUCCGAUGAGGAGGACAGGUGUCCCCCGCUGCCAGCAAGGACUUACCUGAUGGAUGGCUCCAGGCAGGUUUUACCCAGCCUUCCCUCCUUCAAAAGAGAGAAGCUGGCCCAGGACACCACCUCCAGCCUACAGUCCACAGCCACGCUUCCCCCCUCCCCCCAAGAGGAGACACGCCCCCCCAACCCCAACGACAGCCCCCCGCUGCAGCACUUUGACCUGCGGGUCAACUACGAGUCCAGUUCCCAGGUCUCCCAUUCCAACCCCAACCUGUUUGCCAAUAUAGACGCCUAUGACGUCAGCGGGCCAUACCACACCAGCCAAUGGGGAGACCCCUUCACAGGGGAGAGCUUUACUUCAGAGAGAAGUGGCAGAGGAGGACAAUCUCCUCCUUUCCCGGCUGACUCCUCAUACGCUACACAGGGCCACAGAACCAGAAGCAAGAAGAAAGCCCUCAGGGAGUGCCAGCACCGACAAGAGCUGCAUGACCAAGCAGUCUGUGCAGACCUGCCCCCUCCGCCAGCCCCACCCCCUGCAGCAGAUGACCCCAUGCAGCUCCUGGUUGAUGUGCUGGGCUGUAGCCAGACGUCGUCGGCGGAGAACUCGCCGGCCCUACAGAGGAGAGGAGACUACUCCUCACCCCAGAAGAGAGGGCCUGCCAUGAGGGGCUCACAAGAUGAGGGGGUAAUCCCGUACUACCCGUCCAGCUUUCUGCCCCGGGGUCAGAUGUCCGGCUACGGUUCCCUUGGUGGAGGGGCCUCCUCGCGGGCUUCAACUGGACAGAGAGGGCCUGGAGUUGCCCAGAGGAGGGACGAGAACCUCCUAUAGCUGGAAGCAGAUUAUGUGAUGUGAAGUUCUCCGCCAUGGUUUUUUUUAAAGGUUGUUUUGCUGAACUCCAGCCUGUUGCCAUGGUAUCAAAGAAGAGCUGAAGACAAAAGUGAAAGCAUGUAGGCUUGCCACCUGCCUUUUCGAUAUUGGUUCAUAUUUGUGUUUUUUAUCGUUUGAUUAUUCAUAAUUUGUAUGUGAUUUUAUGUCGUGCCUCGAUGUAUAUAGACAUCUUAGCAACUUUUUUUAAACAGGACCUUGGAUAAAGAUAAUAUAUUGUAUUUUGAGAAAAAGGAUAGAAAAAGUCUUAAAAUUACUGUAGAUAUUAUACAACAGAUUUUUGAAUGUACUUCUGUUUGUUGUUUACCCUGAAACCCUGGUGAUGUUUGUGUGAUGAAAGGAUAUGAGGCAGAAACUCUGUUAACAAGACCAUCAGAGAGUUGGGCAUAUGUUUGUGUUUACAGUUUCUCUCUCGCUGUCAUUGUGGCGUAAACCUCCUACUUCUUCUAAACAGACAUAUCGAUCUUAUCAACACCAGAUGAAAUAGCCUUGUCCUUUUAGGUUGUGAUGCUGAAAAUGUGUGAACCUAUAUCCUUGUUGAACACCAAUUGUUAUGUUCUGUCAUCAGUUGAAUGAUUUGUUAAAAAAUACCAAUAAAACAUUUGUUACUCUAAA